AUGAUUAAGAAGCACUGCCUGAUACUUCCGUUGGCUUGGACGUUGUUUCAAUUGUCCAACGUGCUGUGCAAUAAAUUAUCUCCGGUACAAAACAAUGAAUUGGCCACGCGAAUCAAGCAUUACGCUAAACUGUAUGGCUAUUACAAGACUGCUGAAUGCGUAGCAUUAUUGGCAGUCAGAACACCAGAAAUCAAUUGGAAUGUGAAGGAUUUUAACGAUGUUAUACACCACACCAAGAUUCAGAUAUUUGCGAAAACUGGCCUGGAGUAUCUGAACAAACUGAAAAACGACUCUAGUUGGAAGAACGUGAACGGACUAUCUGAGCUGUAUGAAGAACAUUUGAGUUUCUCCAAAUCUGUUCAAAAAUACCAACAUCAUAAUGCUUCAAAAGAAAUUGGUUCCAAAUUGGGGAACAAAAAAUCGAAAAUUGACCUGACUAUAGUCUUUAAUAACUUCACGAAAUCUCUUGACAAUGCAUGUACGGCUAGAAAGGAUCUGUAUACAACAGCAGCUGUGAACUUUGCAACUGCAAACAAGCUGAAGAAUCCGAAAACCAUUGAUGAAAGUAUACUAAUUGAAGAAGAAGACUUGGAAGAAACUAUGGAAAUGGAAUUCAUGCAAUCAAGAGAGAAUGUUGAGCAGAAAUGUUUGCGAAUGUCAGGAAUGCAACUGGAUCAAAACGCUAUCGAUGAAUUCCUGACGAAAUCAGAUUUGACAAAUGUACCAAUGUCUGAAUUUAAAGAUGCUGUUGUUCAAAUGAUUUCUGCAGUACAAAAGUUUGAGAAGUUCAGAAUUGACAGGUAUCCCAACGAGUCACCAUCGAGUAUCAUGAAUACAGCUGUCAGUGAAAUGUUUCGAGAGGCUUCUCAUGAAUUUGGUAAGAAAUUUACAUGA